AUGAAGUCGGGUAAAACAUGGAGUUUUGUGCAGUUAUUGAGCCUGAUCCUAAUGAAAGCGACUUUCGGGUCUGUCCAUAUAAACGUGGAUCUCUCACGCCCUACAGGCGAGUUGAGGCAUUUUUGGAAGAGCACGGGAUAUUGUCCUCCUCUACCACACAGACGAGCAGAUUUGUUUAAUCUCAGUAAAGACCAAAUAAUUAAUUUGGCUUAUAUUUCAUCUGUGCCACAAAAUGGUAUUGAACAAAUUCGAAUCCAUUGGCUGCUGGAACUUAUUCAAGCUGAGAUGAUAAAUGGGACACUUCACUACAAUUUCACAAACCUGGAUAACUUUAUGAAUCUUCUUUGGGAAAACAAGCUAUGUCCUGGUUUUGAAUUGAUGGGAAAUCCUUCAGGAUACUUCACUGACUUUGAUGAUAAAAAACAAGUGGUAGAAUGGAAGAACCUGGUUGUACAAUUGGCCGAAAGAUAUAUAGAGAGGUAUGGAUUGAAACAUGUUUCUAAGUGGAAUUUUGAGACCUGGAACGAACCAGAUCACCAUGACUUUGACAAUGUAUCAAUGACUGUAAAUGGAUUUCUCAACUACUAUGAUGCUUGUUCUGAAGGAUUAAGGGAAGCCAGUUGUCAGCUAAAAUUGGGAGGCCCCGGUGAUUCCUUUCAUCCAUUUCCAAAGUCUCCAAUUUGCUGGAACCUCCUCAGUCAUUGCUACAACGGCACAAAUUUUUUCACUGGAGAGACAGGAGUCCGGCUAGACUACAUCGCCAUGCAUAAAAAGGGAGCUGGGAGUUCUCUUCAUAUCUUGGAACAGGAAACUGAGGCUAUGGGACAGAUUCAGAAGAUGUUCCCCAAUUUUGCCUCAGUCCCUAUAUACAAUGAUGAGGCUGAUCCUUUAGUAGGAUGGUCGAUUCCACAGCAGUGGAGAGCGGAUGUGACCUAUGCAGCUAUGGUGGUAAAGGUAAUUGCUCAGCAUCAAAACCUUCUGAUCGCUAAACCCGACAACACCAUCAACUACACUUUGCUAAGCAACGACAAUGCAUUCCUGAGUUACCAUCCCUAUUACUUCACCCAGAGGACCCUUACGGCACGCUUUCAGAUGAAUAACACAAAGCCCCCCCACGUCCAGAUGGUGAGGAAGCCAGUGCUCACAGUAAUGGGCUUGCUGGCUUUGCUAGGAGAAGAGCAAGUUUCUGCCAACAUUUCCAGUCACAAAUCAGAAGACUGUAACUCUUUGGGAAUAUUAGCCAGCUUACAUAAACCUUCAGGAUUACAAUUGUCGGACAGCUGGCAAGCAUCAAUACUGAUCUAUUCAAGCAAUGAUAACAAGACAUCCUCGAACAUCAGUACUGUGAUUCUAAACAUAGCCAAUUAUCCUAAACACAGAGAACUUGUAUAUGUCACAUACUACAUGGAUAACAACCUAACCAAUCCAUAUUUGGAAUGGAAGAAAACGGGAAUGCCGGAUUUUCCUUCUCAGAUGCAAUGGGAGCAAAUAAGAGAUGCUGAGGACCCUGUGGUGAAAGGACCAUUUCCACUACCUGCAAAAGACCAUUUAAUGCUGAAGCAAGAACUUCCAAUUCCAGCUGUUUUCCUCCUUCAUAUUUGUGCAAAGCCCCUCUCUGUUCCCAACCAGGUGAAUGGCGUUCGUUUCAUUGGUCUUAUGAAAGGACGAGUUCUGAUAACAUGGGAUGACAGCUGUGUGAAUUCAAAAUGUUUGAAAAAAUUUGAAGUGAUGUUUUCAGUGGAUGGGAAAAAAUAUCACCAAAUCAGUGUCAAGGACAGUAUAUUUACAAUGUUAAUCUACAGUCCAGGAACUACACUCGUGGGCUACUACAAAAUCCGUGCUGUGGAUUAUUGGGACAGGCCAGGUCCAUUUUCUGUGCCUAUGUUCUACAGAGAACUAUCUUAAAAAGAAGCAAAAAUGUUCAUCGGAAGUUAUAUUAGCUGGUAUAUCAGAAGUCACAUAUGGAUGAUUAAACUGCAAGUUGCAGGUAGCUUUUUAUUACAGACAAACCAUAACCUUUAAAAGGAUGGUUUUCUUGUUCUUAACAAAAUUCUUCUCCUUUUGUUCGCUCAGUUUUCUAUUCUUCUUCCGCCAAUAAUAUGGAGAGACUUCCAGGUCAUUUUUAAGCACUCUCCUGGAAUUACAUCCAAGAAAUUAUGAGAACAAAGCAGAGCACUGCUCAACUUUGUUUUCUUCCCUAGACUGGCCUAGUUGGCAACAAGAACGUCCAAUUAUUACCUGGAGUGAAAUAAUGAUAAUUUCAAGCUGCAGAAUCUGGGUUGCACGAAACCAAGAUGGAUUUGUUAACCUUUCCUUAAAGCUACCACGUGAGUGUGUGCCGUUUAGAUUUCCAUCCACAAUAUAAUGGCCCAGGGAUCCCCCACCCUUUGUUCGUGGCCCUGUGCCAGCCAAGGCCUGUUGGGAACCGGGCCGUGCAAGCAUCAGGCAAGUGCAUGAAGCUGCAUUCAUGCAAGCAGUAUGUGUGAGAAACCACCCCUUUCCCCUCCCCACUAACACCACCACCACUGCCAAUCCACAAAACUGAAAAGGUUGGGAACCGG